AUGCUGCAUGAAACUGCUAUUACAGAUUUUGCCAACCCUCAUGGAUUAGAUGCUAUCGACCUCAAUGAUGAUAUUGAAGAUCGGAGGCAAGAUAGCAUUCAACACUGGCAUUGGAAAGAGGAUGAGAUGCUGAUCAGUGCAUGGUUAAAUGUUUCAACUGACCCUAUAGUUGGUACCGAUCAAAAGGGGGAAACAUUUUGGAGUCGAAUUCAUAGCUACUGUGUAGAAUUUUGCUCCGACAUGACAAGGGGGGUAGUUGCAUGUAAGAAACGAUGGUAUAAGAUCAACAAGGCUAUUGCACAAUUUGCUGGUUGCUACAAUCAAGCUAGUCAAAACAUAAGGAGUGGUUCGAACGCUGAUGAUAUAAAGGAGUUGGCUUAUAAACUUUAUUCCACAAAUUAUGGUCAAAAGUUCACUUUUGAGAGGCAUUGGAACAUGCUUCGGUUGGAGCAAAAAUGGAGAAGGCAACUACCUACACAGAGUGGCGGCUCAAAGAGAACCAAGGUUAGUGCAACUGGAGCAUACUCAUCCUCAUCAAAUCCAGAAACACCGUUGGCUGACGAACCCGGUGUGGACUCUCCCGUUCGCCCACAAGGAUCAAAGAAGAGCAAGCGAAGAGGUAAGGGAAAAGCACAGAUGUCUGAAAAUUUUAGCGAAAGAAAAUCAUCGGUUGUCAAAAAAUUAUCUCUCAUGGAAGAUAUUAAGAAUGUUAGAGAAAAGGAACUAAUGGAAAGGGAAAAAGAAAGAGAAGAGGAGAAGGAACAUAGAGCAAAGAUGAUGGCAAUCAAAGAGAAGGAGAUACAAAUUCAAGCGGCAAUGAAAGAACAAGAAUUACAAACUCAGAGGUAUAUUAAAGAAAUGGAGAUAAAAGCAAAAGAAAGGGAAAUGGAUAUGCAAAUACUUAAUGCUGACACGUCUACAAUGAGUGAGAAACGACGAGCUCUUCAUGAGAUUGCAUGUGAGAAAAUAAUGGCCAAGUGGUUUACUUAA